AUGCCGCCCAUACUGCUGAUGAAGCGAACCCUGGAUGAUUUGGACGACCUUUACGACUUUGACGACUUUGACGACACUGAAGACGACCAAGAGAUAAUAGAACCCCGACCAAAGCGCCUACGAGAUAAGAGUCUCAUUGCAAAAGAGGAGGGACCAACCGCGAAUGCUACACAGGCAGAGGAAAAACAUGUAGCCGAAAAAGUCGUCGAGCUUCUGGCCCCUCGCAUCGAAGCUCAGGUGCAACAGCUCAUGAACGGCACCGCUAUGCGUAUGCUGGACGUCCUGGGCCAAAAACUCGCCAGACUCGAGUCGCGUAUGGACGAAAUGCACAAUGAGUGGAGGAAGAGCACAUCUAUAACCAAUCUGAAGCAACGAGAUGCUAUGGUCCAACAACUGGCCAGCCAACAGUACCAAUUCGGAAACCGCCAUCAAUCCGCAGUACAGCAGUACUACGGACGUACACAAGCUCCACCUACUGCCACUCCCAACCAAGACACAAAUGACGCCUCUCGUACUGAAGAUCCAUUGCAGACCUUCUUCCAAGAAGCCGCCCAGGCUGCAGACAGUCCCCAAUUGAUAGGCCCAACCGUCAACCGUCGCGGUCAAUUCAUGACCCGUCGCCCUCGGAUAGAAACUCCAAACGUCACGCCAAUCAUCCAACCAACUCAAGACGGCAAACCCGACAUGAAUCCAGAAAACGCCCCACAAUACCGCCUGCAACGAGGUUCCGAAUCUGUAAUGCAACUCUGGCGCGAAUUCUUCGUCGGCUCUGCCGAAAAACCCGCCAUUAAUGAGCUGGACCACAGAUAUGGCAGUGCCUGGCGCUGGAAGGACAGCAAAGAAGGUGUCUACUACAGCAUGCGCCGCACCGUCAUCGACGAGAUACAACCACGCGUCGAAGCUCGCUGUCACCACUCCACAGGCGCCACAGGCGACAUCUGGCUCGCUGUAUGCGAGGAAAUGGAUGCCGAAAGAACAAGCAUGCAGUUUACCCUCAACCAGUACAUAUUCGAACUGAAACGUCGAGACAAACCAGUCAUCCCGCCUGGAACAAACAAAUGGGAUCCUGAACAUCCUCAUCCACCGCCUCCACCCAUACUGUCACGAACGACACCUUCAGUACAAAAACUCUGGACAGAAUGGUUCUCUGGGAAGUCGAAUUACAACGGUUAUGCCACGUUCCCAUCCAUCGUAGAGAUCAACCACAGAUUCGGAAAUUCGUGGCGGCAGUUCCAGAUGCCAGAGUACAACAUCUACCUCAAGCGUCGCUGCAUCAUCGACAUCGCUCUACGCCGCAUAGUAGAAAUAGGCGGCGACAAGGCCGAAACCACCAAAAAAGUUCUGAAAAUGAUGGAUGCUGAGAGGGUGGCACAUAGUCUGAGUUUAUCCCAAUACCAUGCCUGGGCGAGGGAGAAAUAUGGUUAUCAUGCUUCGACGCGAACGCACCUGCCAAAGUUUGUUGCUGACUUGGGAGAAGGGCUGGAAGAGGCGGUUGAGCUUGAAGCGAGGACCAGAUCGCAGCUAGAUGAGGAAGAGAGUGCUGUGCGAGAUCAUAGCACCGAUAUCGAUACCGCCAUCUUGGAUCAUGAGCGGCAAAGCCAAAGCAGAAGUGGACACGGUCAAGUGAGUUCUGUGCCACCCUCACCCGCAUCCAUGGGCUAG